CCCACCACCACCGCCACCGCCAUCAGUUUCCCACGAAUCCAGCCAUGGUCGGUUCAUCCAUCCACGCGCCCCCCAUCCAUCCCCCCUUCUCCUCCCUUCUUACCCUGGUGGAAUCGACUUCCUCGGAAAUCUUAUCUGCUCUUUUGAUCAAGAUCUCGUGCAAUCUGCUUAAGCGAGCACCUAUUUCCGGUGCCUUCGAGCUCAAUUCGAUCGUCAAAAUCUGGGUGAUUCAAGGUGUGGUUUCUCGAAAUGGAGCAAGUGCAAGAAGCUAACAAGGCUGCUGUAGGGAGCUGCCACAGGGUCCUCAGCUUGCUCUCUCAGUCCCAAGAUCAAGAUCAAUCAAGAAAGCUGGCGGCGCAGACAGGGGAAGCUGUUGCUGCAUUCAAGAGAGUUGUGUCAUUGCUCAGUGAUAGUGCGAGGGAGGCAAGAUUUAGGACUGUGAACAAAGUCAAGUCUCCUUCCGAUCAUAAGAUUGGCCCUUCUCUCACAAAUUCUCAGCUACUCCCAAGAGAUGCCUUACAUGAUAACGAUCGCAAUGCCAACAACCUACUCCAACUCUCCCAAAGGAGCUUCCUUGAGAACCAAAAAGCCGGACAGGAUCCAUCAUCAGCUCACCGCCGAUUCCUACCGCAGCAGCAGCAGAACAAUCAAACGUAUCGGCUUCAGCAGCAAAUGAACAUUCAGGCUGACAUGUUGAGGAGGAGCAGUAAUGGCAUAAGUAUCAAGUUUGACAGCUCUGAUUGCACUCCAUCUGCAUCUACAAGCAUGAAUGGAAAAAUCACCAGCUUGGAAGGAAAAGUGUUCCAUCUGAUCGAGGGGCAUGCAUCAUCCAACCCGGUUAACCCACAUCCUCCUCCCAAGAAGACCAGUAUGGUUAAAGGGGAGGACAACAAUGGGAAAUGUCCAAACAAUGGCAGGUGCCACUGCUCAAGAAAAAGGAAGCUGAGGAUCAAGAGAUCCAUAAAGGUGCCUGCUGUCAGUGAAAAGCUUGCAGAUAUCCCUCCUGAUGAUUACUCAUGGAGGAAGUAUGGUCAAAAGCCCAUCAAGGGUUCUCCUCAUCCUAGGGGGUAUUACAAGUGCAGCAGCAUUAGAGGCUGCCCUGCAAAGAAGCAUGUGGAGAGGUGCUUGGAAGACCCCUCCAUGCUUAUUGUCACCUACGAAGGCGAGCACAACCACACCAAGCUUCACACCCAAUCUGCCCAAACAUAGAUACUAAUCUCCUCCUCACAGCCAGUGCAGCCUACUGCUGCUUCUUGUACAUAUCAACAGUCAACAGUUUUUGAUGGGUG